CCCCUUUUAAGUUUAUGCUGUACAAAAUAAGAAAGGGGAAGCCCCAUUUUGCGCGAAUUUUUUUUUCUUGGCUGGCCUGAUCCUCGCGGGGUUGCUUUAACAUGGCAAGGAGAGGGCACGUGAGGACACGAGUCUAGCCCACGUGAUUGCCCCGCUGCCACGAAUGCCUGCAUUUUUGCGACAAGUCCAUGGUUGCAAGAAUUGUCGCUCGUCACGUUCGGCUCGACGAUGACGCGGCCGUUGGUCCUGCAGCGGCAGCAGAAGGGGACGCGAGCAGGGGAGAGGAGCCGUCUGCGCGUGUUGGAAGCGGUCGCCCAAGUGGGGAAGCAGUCGCCUAAGUGAGGCGUUACAUAGACGUUACGUAGACGCUGUACAAACGCAGCGCAAACGCACCGCUGACACACCGCUGACGUGCGCGCCCAGCUCGCUCGCGAAGCAAAAUGAAGAAAAAGUACGGCGUGCUGGGCGACGAAGACCACGCCAGCGAUUACAACGAAGGGGUCAGGUACAGAGAAUACAAAAAGAGCAUUCGGAACAUACAAAUAAAUUUUGAGCAGUCGCUUAGUGACCUCAAGGAAAACAUAAACAGCUACGAAAAUGAUAGGCUGAAAAGAAGUGCACACGCAGAAUGCCCUCCAGAAUUUUUUUCCAGCAAUAAAAAAAAAAUAAACGAAUUGGAAAUUUUGUACCAAAAUGGAGUAAACACUCUGGAGGUGAUGAAAAAUCAUUUUAGCCACAAUCAAACGUACGUUUUGGAAGUGUCCAGAUAUCUGAGCAUUUUUGAAAAAUUUAAAAUUCAAUUACAGAGUUUGAAGAAUAUGUUUGACAAGCUAUGCGCUCACAACAGGAGUAAUUUUUACCCCCAGAAGGAUUGCUCAUCUGUGGUGUACAAGCAUAAUGAAAUAAACCACGUCAUCAAGGAGAGAAGUGCUCUGCAACAUUCGAUUAGCGAGCUGGACCAGAUGAUUUCCAUUGGCCAGGAAACCAACUGGAAGCUGAAGUUGCAGAAUUAUUCCAUCACACAGCAAAUGAAGAAGAUUAACUUCCUAAAUGAGCAGCUACCCAAAAUACAAAAAAUUAUAAAAAAUAUUCGCUACUACAGUACUAAGAGGACGGUUAUCCUCGCGGUUACUAUUGCCUCGUUCAUUUUCCUUUUUUUUAUGUUAAGGUAG